AGAACUUCCGUGGGACCAAGCAUCCCUUCCCCGCCCCUCUGGCGCUCGGCAGUCGGGUUCAAGCGAAGAUGCUGCUGGAAUAGGCGAGAGUGAGAGCGGGCGACGCCAGCGGGACAAAGGAACGGGGCAGGCGCGCUCCGGCGCUUUCCUUCCUCUCUUCCUCCAUGGGAAUCGCGCCCAGCCAAAGCGACCUUUCGCCGUGUCGUGCCUGGAGGCAGAUGAGCGUAGCCCAGCUUCCCCCUAAGGACAGAUGAGAUGCAGCCCCGAAGAAAUCCCUGCUGCUGAGACCCGCCUCCCCCGUUGUACUUACAUCGGUUUCUAACGGAGCCCUUCCCCACCCCAUUUAUUCUGCUGUAAUUCUGAAGGGGGAAACUCUGUAAAUGUUUAGCCUUUGGCUGACUUGCUGCUUGCCUUGGGGGACAAUUCUUCUGGUGCUUUGGGGACCGGCUGGAGGAAGCCAGCUCAGUCCGGAGGAUACUUUAGUAUGGGGACCCGGUCUCAGAGCGGAUGUGGUGCUGCCUGCUCGGUAUUUUUAUGUCCAGGCUGUGGACGCUGAAGGGAAGAGGUUUACUGUCUCUCCAGGAGAAAAUGCAUUUCAGGUGAAGAUCACAGCUCCAGAUGAGCAGUUCACACGGGUAGGGGUGCAAAUAUUGGACAGGAAAGAUGGCUCCUUCAUUGUGAGGUACAGAAUGUAUGCAAGCUACAAAAGUCUGAAGAUUGAGGUUCAAACCAAAGACAAACACAUUGCCAAAUCUCCAUAUAUCUUAAAAGGUCCUGUUUAUCAUGAGAACUGCGACUGCCCUCAGGAAGACAGUGGUGCUUGGCUGGAAGAGAUGAGCUGCUCUCAAAUCAUUCCACAAACCCAGAGAGACCUGGCCCAGUUUUCUGCUGUAGAUCCUGAGAAGAUCGCCCAAGAAAUUCCACAACGAUUUGGCCAGAGACAGAGCUUGUGCCAUUACACCAUAAAAGAUAAUAAGGUUUAUAUAAAGACCCAUGGGGAACACGUCGGCUUUAGGAUUUUCAUGGAUGCCAUCCUUCUUUCUUUGACUAGAAAAGUAAAAAUGCCUGAUGUAGAAUUUUUUGUCAAUUUGGGAGACUGGCCUUUGGAGAAGAAGAAAUCCUCUCAGGGCAUUCAUCCCAUAUUUUCUUGGUGUGGAUCUGCUGACUCAAAAGAUAUCGUAAUGCCCACCUAUGACCUGACAGAUUCUGUUUUAGAAACAAUGGGCCGAGUAAGUCUGGACAUGAUGUCUGUUCAAGCGAACACUGGGCCACGGUGGGAAGAAAAGAACACUACGGCAAUCUGGAGAGGUCGAGACAGUCGUAAAGAGAGGCUUGAACUGGUGAAGUUAAGCAGAAAAUACCCUGAAAUAAUUGAUGCAGCAUUUACCAACUUCUUCUUUUUCCAGCAUGAUGAAAGUCUGUAUGGCCCCAUUGUGAAGCAUAUAUCCUUUUUUGAUUUCUUCAAGUAUAAAUACCAAAUUAAUAUUGAUGGCACAGUGGCUGCAUACCGGAUGCCUUAUCUUCUAGCCGGGAACAGCGUAGUACUGAAGCAGGAUUCCAUCUACUAUGAGCAUUUUUAUAACGAGUUACAGCCGUGGAAACACUACAUUCCAUUUAAAGAUGACCUGAGUGAUCUCUUGGAAAAACUGCAGUGGGCCAAGGACCAUGAUGAGGAAGCAAAGAAUAUAGCAAAAGCGGGACAAGAGUUUGCAAGAAAUAACCUCAUGGGAGACCAUAUCUUUUGUUACUACUUCAAACUUUUCCAGGAAUAUGCCAAGCUACAAGUGAACGAGCCAAAAAUUAGAGAAGGCAUGGAGAAAGUGGAGCAGCCCGAUGAGGACCUCUUUCCCUGUAAUUGCCACAGAAAAAAGGUCAAAGAAGAACUUUGACAGGCAGAAAAGAAAAGUUUCUCGUGAUCUUUGCUUGUCUUUGGAUUUUAGAUACCUUCAAAGGAUAAUAGAAAGACAAGGUGGGAAAUAGUCUGAAUGCCUUCUGUUGUGCAGUAUUAUGACCUUUUCUUUUAUAACUUUUUAUAAAAUAAAUAUACUUUCCAUAAAA